GUACUUGUCUUGUUUUGUUGUUUUUUCUUUUCAUAGGAUAUUCCGAGUAAUAAGUCAAAACGCUGUCACCAAAAUUCUUCUCCUCUCUCUCUCUCUCUUUUUCUUGAUCCAGAAAUUUUUUCACCCAUUUCGUUGUUUUAAACAAUUAACCAUUUAUUUGCCACUAAAAUCAACAACAUUUUGAGUGAGCAUAGAGGGCCAGACAUGUCUGGAAAUGAAUCACCAGAAUUAGGGCAGGCUGAUGUUGAUCCAUCAGUUAGGCAAGUUUGUGCUAAUGGGAUUUGCAUGCAAACAAAUGUUGUUGAAGCAAAACUUGAUGAGGGAAACAUUCAAGAGGCUGAAUCUGCAUUGCGUGAAGGUUUGUCCCUCAAUUUUGAGGAAGCGCGAGCUCUUCUUGGAAGAUUGGAAUAUCAAAGAGGAAAUGUGGAAGGUGCUCUUAGGGUGUUUGAUGGUAUUGAUCUUCAAGCAGCCAUACAGAGGAUGCAGCCUUCUGUCACUGAGAAACAACCUUCUAAAAAGGGCCGCACUAAAAGCGUUGAGUCUGUGCCAGGUGUCUCACAGCAUGCUGCUGGUCUGGUCCUUGAGGCCAUAUAUUUGAAAGCAAAGUCCCUGCAAAAGCUUGGGAGACUGACUGAUGCUGCUCGUGAAUGUCUAAGUGUGCUUGAUGCUGUAGAGAAGAUAUUCGAGAGUGGCAUACCUGAUGUACUGGUGGAGAAUAAGCUGCAAGAAACUGUGAGCCAUGCUGUUGAGCUCCUUCCAGAGCUAUGGAAGCAAGCUGGUUCCUAUUCUGAAGCAAUGUCUGCCUAUCGUCGUGCCCUCUUAAGCCAAUGGAAUCUCGAUAAUGACUGCUGUGCCAGGAUUCAAAAAGCUUUUGCUGUGUUUCUGCUUUAUAGUGGGGUUGAGGUUAGCCCACCAAGCUUAGCUGUGCAAAUUGACGGUUCUUAUGUACCUAGGAACAAUUUAGAAGAAGCAAUACUGCUGUUAAUGAUUCUGAUGAGAAAAGUUUACCUUGGUAAGAUCAAAUGGGACCCUUCAGUUCUAGAGCACCUUACAUUUGCUCUGUCUGUAUGCGGCCAAACCUCUGUUUUGGCUAAGCAACUUGAAGAAGUAAUGCCAGGGGUACUUAACCGGAUUGACCGUUGGCGAUGUUUAGCACUUUGUUAUUUUGCGGCUGGACAGAACAAAAAUGCCUUAAGUCUGCUGCGGAAGUCUCUGCAUAAACAUGAAGAGCCAAAUGACGUUCUCUCAUUGGUGUUGGCUUCUAAAAUUUGUUCUGAGGAUGUCCUUCUUGCAGCUGAGGGAGUUAAGUAUGCACAGAGGGCGAUAACUAAUGCAGCGGGUUCAAAUGAACACUUGAAAGGUGUUGGUCUCCGCGUGUUAGGUCUUUGUUUGGGCAAGCAGGCGAAAGUUGCAACCUCUGACUUUGAGAGAUCACAACUUCAAUCUGAGGCUUUAAAAUCUUUAGAUGGUGCAAUGGCUUUAGAGCAUGAAAAUUCAGAUUUGAUGUUUGAGUUAGGUGUUCAAUAUGCAGAGCACCGUAACCUGGAUGCAGCUUUGCAAUAUGCGAGAAAGUAUGUUGAUGCAACGGGAGGAUCUACUCUAAGAGGUUGGAGACUGCUUGCUUUAGUUCUUUCUGCUCAACAUCGCUAUUCGGAGGCUGAAGUAGUUACUGAUGCGGCUUUUGAUGAGACUACAAAGUGGGAUCAAGGACCUUUGCUAAGAAUGAAAGCUAAGCUAAAAACAUCCCAGUCACGGUACAUAGACGCCGUUGAACCUUAUCGUCAUCUCCUUUCAUUAGUUCAAGCUCAAAGAAAAUCUUUUGGACCAUUCAGAAAUGCGCCUCAGGUGGAGGAAGAUAAGGUAAAUGAAUAUGAAGUUUGGCAUGGACUGGCAGACUUGUAUUCUAGCCUUUCACAUUUUAAAGAUGCAGAGACAUGUUUGGAGAAAGCUAGAGGUCUUAUCGAGUACUCAGCAGACACUUUGUAUACAGAAGGAAUGAUGUUUGAAAGACAGGGAGAAAACGACAAAGCGUUGUCUGCUUAUAUUAAUGCGCUAUUAGUAGAGCCUAAUCAUGUGCAGUGUAAGAUCUUGCUUGGUUCUUUAUUGACUAAAAUGGACCCGGGGAUGUUGCCAUUGGCAAAAGCAUUACUCUCAGAUGCGUUGAGGAUUGAACCUACCAAUCGUGUAGCUUGGUACCACUUGGGAUUGGUUCAUAGAGACGAUGGACGGGUAGCUGAUGCUGCUGAUUGUUUCCAGGCAGCUUCCAUGCUUGAAGAGUCUGAUCCCAUCGAAAAGUUUAGUUCCAUCCUUUGAAGUUUUCUGCAAGUCAAAUCUUAUUCUUUUAUUCUUUAUUAUACAGGCUUUGGGCACAAUGUCCAAAAUUAUGCUUAGAUGACUUCUUUGUAGGUUUUUGGGAAUAUUUUCUUCUUCAGUGUUUUUAAAAGUGUAGAUUAAUUGUACUAUAUACUUUCAUUCACUUUUAUAGGAAAUAGAACCAUUUGUCCAAUUGGGAUGUGAUGAUUCAUAUGCAUCAACAAAGAUUUUAGGCA